AUGACCUCCACCAUGCUGGACAGGUGGGCCAAUCAGGGGCUCACAAGCUCCACCUCACCUCCACACUCACCUCCGUCCAUCUGUCUGUCCACAGCGCUGGUUGCCACAGCAGCAGAGCUGACUCAGGACCAGUUGUCUUUGACCAGUAGAGAUGGUGGAGAGGCCUCGUUCAGCUGUGGAGGAACUGAUCAGAGUGGAUACAUAAGAUGGUUUCAGAAGAAAGACACAGGAACAUUCACACUGAUUCUUCGUAUUAGUACAAGUGAUGGUGAAAUUAAUAAUGGUUACAAUCAUCCUCAGAAAGAUGACUUCACAGCUGAGAGACAACAGAACAGCUGUGAGUUGAAGAUAAAGAAAGUUAAACCCUCUCAUGCAGCCACGUACUACUGCGCCCGUUGGGACUCUGGAACCCACAUCUCUUUCACUGUGUGGUUGAUCUUCGGCUCAGGAACCAAAUUGUUCGUAACUGAUCGGCCGGUGGUGACGCCGGUGGUGAGCGUGUACCCGGCAGCUUCCAUAGCCGCCCUGGACGGGAAGAGCUCCCUGCUGUGUGUGGCCUCCAACAUGGUUCCUCCUCUGGUCCAGUUCUCCUGGACAAGACAGAGGGAGGGUGGUCCUCUGGAGACGCUGUCCUCUGAUGAUGGAGAGCAGCUGGAGCUCAGAGGAGCAGGACGCACCGCCGCCAUCAUGGUGGUCGACCGGCACGCUAACUACACAUACAACUACCAGUGCCACGUCAGGCAUGAGGGAGGUGCAGUGGAGGCCCCGGCAGAGCAAGUGGUUUGUGCUAAUCCAGCACCGACGCCUCCAGCACCGACGCCUCCAGCACAGACGACUCAAAUACCGACGACUCCAGCACCGACGCCUCCAGCACCGACGCCUCCAGCACCGACGACUCCAGCACAGACGACUCUAGCACCGACGACUCCAGCACAGACGACUCCAGCAACGACGCCUCCAGCACAGACGCCUCCAGCACAGACGCCUCCAGCACAGACGCCUCCAGCAUCGACAACUCCAGCACCGACAACUCCAGCACCGACGCCUCCAGCACCGACGCCUCCAGCACAGACGACUCAAAUACCGACGACUCCAGCACCGACGCCUCCAGCACCGACCACAGACAACUCCAGCACAGACGACUCCAGCACCGACGACUCCAGCACAGACAACUCCAGCAACGACGCCUCCAGCACAGACGCCUCCAGCACAGACGCCUCCAGCACAGACGCCUCCAGCAACGACGGCUCCAGCAUCGACAACUCCAGCACAGACGCCUCCAGCACAGACGCCUCCACCACCGACGCCUCCAGCAACGACGCCUCCAGCACAGACGCCUCCAGCACAGACGCCUCCACCACCGACGCCUCCAGCACAGACGCCUCCAGCAACGACGGCUCCAGCAUCGACAACUCCACCACCGACACCUCCAGCACCGAUGCCUCCAGCACAGACGCCUCCAACACCGACACCUCCAGCACAGACGACUCCGGUACAGACGACUCCAGCACCGACGCCUCCAGCACAGACGCCUCUGGCGGCCUGGGCCUGGUCUCAGCGGCAGUGUCCAACAGUCAACUGGACGUCAGAGGACAACACCAGGUCCCACAUGCAGCUGGACGUAGGGAGGGACACUCGGACCUGGGGACUCAACCAGUCCUGCUCAUCACAUGGCACAGGAGAGCUCCUCAGGUCAGGACUCAGCCGUCCACCUCUAAAGGACAAGGGACGCUCAUCUGA